AUGUACAUUGAAACAUCCUCCCCAAGAAGACCAGGCGACAAAGCCAAGCUUGUUCUUACUGUUCCAGACAACGGAGAAACGUCAUGUCUCUCAUUUCAUUAUCACAUGUAUGGAGCUACAGUUGGGACUCUUAACGUUUACAGUGGAAACAGCAAAGUAUUUAACAUUUCCGGAUAUCAAAGUUCUAAAUGGAUUAUGGUGAAGAGAAACAUAAUUCUGAAUGGAUUGGUGAGAAAUAAAAUUGUGCUAACGCGCACAUCAUCAUCACCGUCAUCAUCAUCAUCACCAUCAUUAUCAUCAUCAUCAUCAUCAUCAUCAUCAUCAUUAUCAUCAGCAUCAUCCUUAUCAUAAAAACCGUCACCAUUAUCAACAUCAUCAUCAUCAUUAUCAUCGCCAUGAAUAAUUAGUAGCUAGAAAAACUCUUCUUGACGGUUUACCAUUCGACUAUAUCGAAUUUUUGCCAAGGCUUGACACUUAAUUGUUAAACGGCGUAGUACCCCACGUGAGAUGGUGUGAGGUAAAGAGAAGUGUAGGGGUGGUUAGUUACGCCAAUUAACGUAUAGAAAGUGUUACUACUGCUAACUACUACUCAACCUUCUUUGCAGGUAACAUUCGAGGGGAUAGCAGGGACUUCAUUUACUGGCGAUUUCGCUAUCGAUAGUGUAGAAAUAAACAGUGGAAGCUGUCUAGGUAAAAAAAAAUGUACAGUUUUAGCCUGCGAGCUGUCUCUUUUGUGCUUGGAAUAUGACUUCUCCUAGCGUAACUCGUCUUGCCAGUGACGCCAUUCAUCUGUAUACAAUGGAACGAUUCUUCAAGUAAAACGACACAUACUUUUUUCACCUGCUUCUCUUAUAGUGUCCUGUAACUUUGAUUAUGGAUUGUGCUUUGGGUGGAGCCAGUCGAGGGAAGAUGUAUUUGAUUGGAAGCCUCAAAUCAGCUCCACAUGGUAUUCGUCGGGUACUGGACCAUCCUCGGAUCAUACAAGGGGAAGAGGUUUGCUGGCUUUUGAAAUUUAUUCUUUGGCAUUUUCUUGCAUUCAUUUAACGAAAACAUUUUACAAUUGGUUCAUUCGUCAGCGUGCGUAUGUCAAGAUACUGAGCACUUGGGAAGUUUGGAGAGCACGAAAGAAGCGUAAGAGUUGCUCGAGGUGCAGCAGAGAGGAACUCUAGCCUCUUGAGUGCUCUCCAAACUUCCCAAGUGCUCAAUAUCUCGAUAUACGCACAGCCGAAGCAUGAACUAAUAAAUAUUGUUUUAUAACAUUAUCAAAGCGAUCAAUGCAGCAGUUCAUUCAAAAUUUUAUUAUUGCAGCGCGCGCUCAAAGCAGUACGCGAGAAUCUGCUCUUGACUAAAUUUUUUUUUACCUCACAGUUAUGAUUUUUGUCUUGAUACUGAGAGAAAGUUUAUUAAAGUCGCCUAAGAUAACGUUGAAAAAGAUUGUAAAAUGCAUAUUAAGGUACCGGAAAACUAUAAAUUCUCCGAAAAAUUCCUUUCGAGAGAAACAACUUUGCAAAGAAUGAUUUGCACACAUCGUAGUCCGCACAGCUCGCUCAAUAACACUUAACAGCAACACUCACGGCAGUUUCCUACUAUUGGUCAACAAAUUCAAAAGUUUGCUCUUGAAUUUACGUUCUAAUACACAUGUUAAUUGCUGCUGAGUUAUGUAUGCACUUAGCAGACGUCUUGGGAGGAUUGUUAAGCUCACUAUUGAAUUUGAUUGGGCGAAUAUUCUAGCUAUGUUAUUUAUAAGUAUAAAAAGCAAUCGUUCUAUUUACCAUGAGAAUAUUGCCGAGAAGGCUGGGAAGCCGAUUCGCUCCAUGUAAGACAAUCCGGAUUCUGUAUGGAAUCCGGGAAACUUUUGUUCGAAAAGGAAUACUGGAAUACUGGACUUUGGAAUCUGGAAUACCGGUCAAAAGAAUCUGGAAUUCCACUUAAGAUAGGAAUUCCGAUUUUGUUCGAUUUUAUCGCAAAAAUUUAACAAUUGUUUGCUUGCUCAUGCUCACAAAAUUUUCGCAAUUGCUCGCAUGCUCGCGUUCUUGUCAGUAUUGCUCGAAAUUUUGUAAAUGGUGGCUUCUUUGUUUCAAAAUAAAUGUGAUUCUGCAUGGCACUUAACUCAUGUUAAGUUCUAUAAACAAUUAAUGUGGUUAUCAAGGUCAGUGGAAAUGAACGAGAUGAAUUAUAAGUUCAAACGCCAUUCACUAUUUUCUGUUUAAAUAUUUUGAAGGGACGGAUUUUCAUAUAGAUUGCUUCAAGUGAAAAUAUAAGAAGUGCUCGCUCUUUGCGAGUUGUACUUUCUAAAAUACUUGUUGCUCGCAAGGUCAAUGGUUAUCUCUGCUCGCACGCUCACGAAUGCUCGAAAAGACCAUUCGUCACCCCUAUUAAGGAACGUUUGGCUUUCCCGUACGCUCUUCACGGACAUACUUUUUUGGUACUGGUAGUACUGACCUAAAUUUUUACCUAGCAGAAACGUAGAAGAAAGAGAAGUGGUAAACGUUUCAAUAGCCAGCUGAGCUUUGAAUAAUUCUGUCUUAGUACAGUCCCUUAAGACCCCAGUUAUGAUUUAAUGAAGGGUAUCGUUAUUGAUAUUAGGCUGAUUUAGUAAGAGAACGGAAACGUCAGUUGACGACGGCGCCACAAAUCAAACAACUGGCUUGACCAAUGGCAGAGCGACAAACUUGACACCGGAAGUAGAGUUUAGUCCUUUUCGUGGGCUUUUCCGUUGUCAAAUGACGUUCCCGUUCUGUUGCUAAAUUAGUCUAUUAGGGAGCUCAAGGAACAACGGCGGUGACGGCUACAAAAACUUCACUAAAAAUGUGAAGUCGCGCUACUUCAAACUUUAUCUCGCUAUCUCUCUCUCGUUUAAUUCGUCGAACGUUGCCUUUUCUUUCUGCAGUUGAAUUCUAAAAGACUGUAUCAUAGUUCCGGAAAAGAAAAGGAAGGUCGUUGUCUUGUGUUCACAUCCUCAAAAAACAAAAACAAAAAAAACCGUGAAAUUUGGCAUUUUCACGACGUAUCGUCGUGCAGUGACGGCAAAGAAACGUACAAAAAAGCGUGAUGUACGAGCAGACUUUUUUUUUGCCAAUCUAAACCUAUUGCUGUUUUACCGUUCUCGUUGACGUUGCCGUCAUCUUUGUUUAAGCUCCCUAUUAUCGUUUCCGGAUGCAAACCAGAUCUCUUCUUUAUUAGGGUCUCCUAGUUGUUGCUGUCGGGGUUUUUGCCGUUAUAAUGAUUUAUUUAUUUAUUCAUUUUUCAUUUACAGGAUUAUAUUUCUAUGUUGACCUUCGACGUCAUUUUUCUGGUGAUAAUGCAAAGCUGACAUUUGCGUUACCUAGAAAUAAAUCGUCGUACUGCUUAACAUUCUACUAUUACAUGUACGGAUCAGGAAUGGAAACUCUAAAUGUUUUCAGUGGAAAUAAUAAAAUAUUCACCAAGUCAGGAAAUCAGGGUAGCUACUGGAAAAGGGCCAUCCGGACAGUAUACCUCAGUGAUAUGGUAAAUGUGUAA